CUUAUGUCCCUCGGCCUAAUAGUCCGAGCUAUUGACACGCCCUCCCCCACUCAACAAGGCCGUGUUUAGGGUCUGCCUACGGGAGACUUAGUUCGAGAUUCACAGCCGUUUAGCAAGCGCAGUUUCCUGGGGCUUCAUAUAACCUUCCAGUCACUCCGAAAACGGUCCGAGUCGUGUGGUCGACAAAUCUUACCACACUCGUCCAUAUGCCACCGGUCCUCGUCAAGUGACUCACCGACAGCUCCCUCACAGAGCGCUCCUGUGCCAGUGUCCUGACGCAGUAUUGUGAGUGGAGCAUCGAGGCAAGCACACUUAAAUUGCGCCCAAGUCCUUUGCUGUCAAGGUUCCAUCGAUGCAGGCAAUGACCGCACCAACUCUCCCGCCAGAGAUAUGCGACAUCGUUGUGGACUUCCUGUGGUCCGACAUAGCAAGCCUCGCCGCUUGCAGCUUCGUGUCGCGUGCCUGGCUGCCCGCUGCCCGCACGCACAAGUUCCACGCGAUCAAGCUACACUCCCCGUACCACUGCACGCGCCUCGAGCGCGUCCUCGACUCUCCGCUUCUCGAUUCGGGUAGCAUCGCGCUAUGCGUUCGCGACUUAUGGGUUGGCGUCAAUUCGAACGACACAUCGGUCCGAGAAGUUAAUGUCCAGGCGUUCUGGAGGAAUGAUCGACUCGCGUCGAUAUUACGGCGUUUCACCAGGGUAUACUCGCUGCGGCUCGAGAACCUGUUCUGGAUGGAUGGCCGCCUAUCUCAAGCUACUGCAGAUGCCAUCCUCUCAGUGGCAUCUCAAUUGGUGCAUCUGCAUCUGGUGCGCGCCAUAUUCGACGAAUCGGACGGCAUUGUGCGCCUUCUAUCGGCGUCUCCCACCAUGCCCCGGUUACAGAUGUCGUCCGUUUCGUGGACGCGCCGAUCGCGAACCAUCGUACAUGCGGAAACCGCGCAGCAAGAGACGAUCCAGCUGAUCUGGUCCUGCGAACAGCUCACAUCGGACCCGUCCUCGUACCUCGCGUUCCUCGCUGCAGCGACAUUGUAUCCGCGGCUGCUACGUCUCUCGAUCGCGCAUAUGGAAUGGGCAAUCGCCGAGCACCCGCACAACGCCUGGAUCAGGCAACAAGGAGAGACUGAAGCCGAUGGUGUGGUGCGCAGAAUCAUGGGGCCAGUGGCAGGUACUACCGUGGCAGAUGGGCCCAUAGACCUUGUCCGCGAUGAUCCUAUCAUGUCAGUCGUCGAGUUCCUGUGUAUCAAUAUCUCCAGGCCAGUGCCAGACAGGUCUGCACAUGCAUGGGCAGCAAGCAUGCCGGGCUUUUUGCAGAAUGUCGACGUCCGUGCCAUUGAGUUCGACCUUGGCACCUUCGUCUCAAACUCCCUUCAGCUCGACUCGCUUAAUUUUUCCCUCCUCGACAGCGCGCUGACGCUCCUCGUCUCGAAACGCCGCGAGAUGGUCGUGACCUUCCGUAUGCGAAUCCAGCUGGCCGAAGACAACCUCUGGUGGGCGGAUGCUGAGGAGAUCAGGGACGCAGCUGCGAUGCAAUUUCCACUGCAUCUACCCAAACUUCUCGCCCUGAAAACUCGCGUGGCCCUCUUCAUGUCUUUCUUCCACCCGGAUCGCCCACUCGCUGCCUACCCGGUCACCAAGGAGGUCUGGUGGACUUGAUAAGUGGGGCAACACUUCUUGGUUUAUAGAUAUUCGGCGACGCGUACCAUCAUAUUUCAGACACCUAUGAUACUGUUGUACCUAUUCUGGUGACGAUGAUUUUGUAUAUUCCUGGGGUCAGGCGGGAAUAGUACAGCUUGAAUACAACGCAUAAGAACCUACAUUCUAGGUACCUGCCUA